ACCACAGGAAUAUAGCUCAUUUGUCGGUAGAGACAGAUUCAAAGAUGUUGAUAGUCAUUUUGCUCUCUGUUCAUGCUUUGUUUUGUUCAGGUGCACCUAGCAAUGAUCAGUCAUUGGGCCUGAGGCGAAGCAAUAAUGGUUUAGCUACCACUGAUGGUUUCUAUUCACUAGCACUGUGCAUACUGUAUCGGUUGGAUGUAGUUAAUUGCGAUAAGGAAGCACCCAUUCCUCCAGUACAUCAAACUAUCACAUACGCUGCAAAUCCAUACCCAAACUGCUUCACGCGGCGGUUUGCUUGCGAUGCUAAAAAGGAUCACGUUUCAUCAACUAAUGGACUCACUUCUAUUCCAAUAAGACCUCACAAAGAAGUUGGAUCUACAGAAUAUCCUGCUCGUAUUCUCCAGUAUUUUCAUAUACAGUGUCCUACUGGGAGAUUUGCACGAUUCGUUACUGGUAGCAGUUCAAUUGAACUUGAAGGGAGACACUCAAUAGGUGAUCAAAAUAUCUGUCUUGACUAUGUUCAAAUUAAAUUGCUUGCUACUGGUGAAGAGUGUGAGAUCUGUGGUAAUGAAGCACUGACUGAUAAAUGUGGUAGCAUUGUGAACAGGACCUAUUCAUACAGCACUAGCAAUAUGCUCAUCACUUUUAGAUCUGAUCCAAUAAAACAAGAGAGUGGUUUCAAGAUAAAUAUAGCAUGCAAUGCAAAUGAAAUGGAAGAGGAGGGUAUUGGAGAAUGUCUCAAAACAAGUUCAUCUUUGUCUUGGAAUGAGUACAAGAGAAUGAUACAAUCUCCUAAUUAUAUUGAAUAUACAGAAGCUAUCAGUCAUGUUCCUUAUGAUGCAACAGGAAUAUUGUUUGAUUUUUAUGGUGACUAUCAUUAUAAAAGUCUCAAAGCUCCAGUAAAGUCAUACAAGGGAAUGCUGUCUCUGGCAAGGAUAGCACAAAAGAGUUGUGAUGCAUCAACGAGGACUGUCGCAAGAGAUGUACAGGAUCUAUUCCCAUACUCAAUGAGAGAAGAAGUACCUUAUUUUGAAGAACAACCCACUGGAGAUGAGGAACCAAUGGGAGAAGAUACUUAUGCUUACUGAAGAGCUAAAGAGAGACUCAUGCACACAUCAUGCAUGUAGACAUCAGAUAGUAGACAUUAGAGGAUUGUUUUUAAUAGUUUUCUUUCAUUGUUAGUUUAAUGUAUCUUGAUUUCAACAAACAAUUAUAAAGAGUA